AUGGCCAGCCCGCCCGCACAGCCCACGGUGGCUGACGCCGUACGGCUCAUGGAUGCGCUCCGCACGCCGUCGGGGACCGCACCCCGAUCCACGCACAAGAUCACGCUCGCUGCAACGGAGGGCUUUAAUCACAGCACUGCUACAGCUCCGGCUACCGGCGGUCCUGCUGACGCGACACGGCAGUCGACGACGCCCGGCAAUGGGAGGAUCCCGAACCUGCCGGCUGAAAUCAUCUUUCAGAUCGGCACGCACCUCGCCCCCUCGCGCACGCCAACCACAAGCUCGCUGCCCUGCGCGCAUAUAGAUGCGCUCUCUUGCACGUCUACGACGGGUCUGGGGCUAUCGGCGCUGCAUUCGCUUGCAUCUGCAUCGCGCAGCUUCCACAACACACUUGUACCGCUCAUCUGGCACACACUCACCAUCCGCACGCCGCAAUCCCUUCCACGUCUCUCCACCUUACUGGCCAGUUACGAUACGAUGUCGCUUCGCUCCCUCGGCGAAGAAGGGGGGUUGAGGCAUCCGCUGGGACACAUUCGCAGCAUCGUGGUGGCGGUGCCGGACAAGUACGCCGAGCUGGACCAGACGUACCUGCUGGCGCUCCUGCGUGCGAUGGAUUUACCGCGUACGGGGCAGGUGGAGCAUCUGGCGUGGUCGGCCGAAUGCGCACCCAGUCCAGCGCUCUGGCCGUUGCUCGCAAAGUCGCUGCGCAGUCUCGAGGUGGACGGGCGCAUGUUUUACCAAGGCCAUAGCGGGUGGGCGGCCCUCAAGAGGUUGGAGGUGCUCAAGAUGACGGGGUACGAUAGCACGUUGCUGCCAAGGGGGGCCGUGGAGGUGAUGAGAGCAAGAGCGCGUACCACUCUACAGGAUGAGGUUUGCGAGGUUCCUAAAGCAAGGCCGGUGGAGCGAGGACCGCGUCGAGUAGCUCAGCAUCUGUAUCUCGACCCGUGCCCAACUCAGGACUGGGAGUCUGAACCUGUUCCAGCGCAGAUGGGGAUGAGGCGGUUGCGGCAUCUGAGUCUCUCCUCAUCCAAAACGUCGCUCCUCCACCAAGCAUCGCUCAUCUCCGCAGGCUGCUUCACCGGCCUCACCUGUCUAGACCUCUACGCCGUCACACCGGAGCCACCACUCUCCCUCGCCAUCCUUUCCGCCGGUGCGACACUAACGCACCUCCGACUAGUGCUCGACAUCAGUGGAGCUUUCGGCCACUUUGACACGCUCUGGCGCACGCUCACCGCCCAACUCCCACACCUGCUCACGCUCGAGAUCGAUCCCAUGCCGCAGCAAAACACCGCGCCCAGUUUCGGCGGCUUCGUCGAAUCCUGCCCUCGCUUGCGGCGCAUCAACGGCCGCAGCGUAGACGCCUUCCCGCCGUGUUUCGGCGACUUUGACCCCACACAUCCCUCGGGAGCUCUUCCAUACUAG